UCUAGGAUCUACUGUGAACAAAAUUUUGAAGAAUUACUCUUCGCCACCAAAAGCUCAGCUUAGAUAUCCCAAAAUAACUGCUGUGCAACACUUGCAGGACACACCAGAGAGGGGAUUUUGAGAGCAUUUCACAAGCCCUGCAGCUGUGAGCUGGUUGCAGCAUGAGGAAAAGCCCUCCAUCACCUCCAUGUACAGGAAAGAGAAGACAGAUGACAGUAGCUAUCCUCCUUCAAUACUGAGAAAAAGGCCACCUGUGGACCAAGCCGUGGGGGAAAAGCGGAAAGCAGAGAGAAGGGUUCGAUUUCGUGAGCCAGAAGUCACUGAACAUGCCAUUGCCUGCUGUGACUACGUAGUGGUAGAUGACAGGUCAUCAUCUGGAUUGCCUGUGCUCCUGUGGCUCUCAUUCUGUGCAGUGCUGAUCCUUGCUGUGAGUCUCUACUACAUCAGCAUGAAGCAAGAUGUCAAAGUCCUGGAGGAAUUUAAAUCCCGGAUUGUUAUCUUCUUUCUUCAGAUAAGACAUAUUGCUCAGAAAUGCUGGAGCUGGUUUAUGAGGCAGUAGCAAUAUCCUCCAGCCUGUCAGACAUCUCAGAGCACUGCUGACCAGCACAUGGCUGUGCAGAGCUCCCAGUCUACUCCAGCCACACACAUGGAACAUGUGAGCAUCCACCUCGAAGAGCAAGAAAACCACCCCUGUUGUGCACUGUCCAGCAGCCACUUGUUCUCCUUUCUUUUUUCUUUUUUUCACAUUAGUGGGCAAUAAUGUUAGUGCCUUGAGGUCCCACCAAACUCAUGCUCCAUCAUCCUGAACAGCAAACAAGUAUCUGAAUUUUGUACCUCAAAGAGCUUACAAACUGCUGAUACAAAGAGCUGAAGUCAAGAAAUACAUUGACCUAUGCAGACAGCAGCAAGCUCUGAAUAAAAGUCUCCUGAGUCUCAAGUCAAGGCUCUAAAUACCAAACCAUCUUUCUCCUCAAGUCUCCUAAGACCUGUUCUACAAAAUUUAAAAUAAAGCUGAGCUGUUGAACAAACACUGCUCUGGUGGCCAAAGGCUUGGCGAGCUGCUAUAUUUAUACACCUGAAACUAUUGUUACUAAAAUCCCCGCAAGUGGCUUUCUUGUUUCCCAUCAUACAUUUUAUUGCUCCAUAGGCAAAAGCUGUUUCUUGAUGUU